CUCCGCUCCGCUCCGCUCCGCUCCGCCGCGCCGGCCCCGCAGCGCUGCCUGCGGCGGUGCUGCCCUUGAUCCUGCUGGGUGCUUUCGGCUCCGCUCGCACCUGCCUGCCUGCUGCCUGCGCGCCGCGGGGACUGCCUGCUGGCUUUUAACCUUUUGUUAUUAUAAAUACCGACUUUGGGGGGUUGGUGGGUUUUUUUAAAGACCGAGACCAGACAUCACCAGACCCACGCAGUUUUCUUAAGCUGCUGGAAAUAACUUUGGCCCAGGAUUUACAGCCCAGUUUCCACCCACCCUGGCCCCUGUGGACUCCAGCAGGCACGCGCUGCCUAACAGGUUUGCAGAUUAUUUUAUUUUUUUUAAAUCAUUUUUUCUCCUCAUGGCUGUGCGAUCACCGUAACUUUAGGUUUAGUUGAAAACAGCCUCUGCCUGAGUUCUCCCCGUUAUGAAGGCUCCUCGACACAUUUCAUGGGACCUUCGGGCAGACCACAGAACUUUAUAUUUUAUUUUGUGGGGCCUUCAGUCGAGAUCUUAAUGUGCGCGUGGAAGCGGUCAUACCAGAACUCGGGCACGCGCAGAAAAAGUGCGAGAGAAACCAGAGAUGCUGUAACUUUUUGCUUGCUACAUGUUUGGUGUGGUAGCUAAACUUCCAAAGUCUUUUGGAGCCUUUUCGUUUCCUGGGAACUUGAAACUCUGAAGAGAAGCUCCAUGCUUUAUUAGUUGUUCUCGAGAACUGCACCCGGAGUCAGACUCGGAACGUGGAUUGCCCGGAGAAGACUAAAGUUGAUCUCAGACUUGAAUGAAGCACUUCUGGCACGAGCAGGAUGGAAGGGAUCGACUUGAUUUGGAGGAGAACAGUACCGAAGCAAACUUCCUUUUCACCAUAAAUUCAAGCAACAGCUCCAGCAUAAUUUCUGAGAAAGCCACCGGUAAAUGCAGGUAACAUUCAGGGGGAAGAGCUUGAGCUGACGUGGUGGGAAGUGCUGUCGAGAAGGUGAGGUGUCUCUCGAGGGUAUUUGAGAUGGAUGUUUUGAACCUGUGGAUCUCCCUAACCCUUGGGCAGGAGACACGAGGACACCACGUCUGUGGGGAGAUCUCCCUGGGCCUCAUCUCUGUGGGACCGACGCGUUCCAAACGUGCCCCAGUGUUCCUGUAGAGCUGAACUGAUUUCUUGCUUACAACCUGUUCCGCUGACCUUUUGGGAUUUAUCUGCUGGAGGAGGGACUCAUACUUCAGGAUUUUUGUUUUUUGUUUGUUUGUUUGUUUAAAAUAUGCCUUUGAGCUCCCAGCGGCCUUUGAGCACGUGGCACCAAGGAAGAGAAAUGGUGAUGGCAAGGACUGGAGAAGUUGUGCGGUAAGCAGUGCUGGCGGUGACCGAGGCGCUCUGUCCCCGCUCUCCUGCCUCCCCGCCACUGGGACCGCACGCUGGGCAAGCCGACGAGCUUUGCCGACGGCCGGAGCCCACCGCAGGGUGAGGACGCAUUCCUGAGCGGUAUGUGUGGCCGGAGCCCGCUGCUGCAGCUGGUAGCAUGAGUGCUGGCCCCCAGCUGCAGCUGGCUGUCCUCUGGCCCUGGCUGCUCAUGGCGACGCUGCAGGCAGCACUGGACCAUACAGGGCUGGCGCUGGCGGCGGGGGUCGAGUCGGAGAGGUCGGCGACGCAGAAAGCCAUCAUCAGGGUGAUCCCUCUCAAAGUGGAGCCGAUCGUCCUGGAAGGGGAGUUUGCAAACGUUGCGGAGGUGACUCCAGCCGAAGGAAAGCUGCUCCAGUCCCACCCGCUGUCCCUGUGCAACACCAGUGAGGAUGAACACACUGAGUCGGGAUUCAUCACCAUUGUCAAGCUUGAACAACCGGAUCGGGAUCCCAACCCCUGCCUGUCUCUGGCUAACAAGGCAAAGCUGGCAGGGGAGCGUGGAGCCCGUGCAAUCCUUUUUGACAUUACUGAUGAUGAAAGCGCUGCUGAUCAGCUGAGAAAGCCCAGAGGUCUGAGUCAGCCUGUUGUUCUGAUCAGGGGCCACGAUGCUGAGCUUCUCAUGGGUGUCGUGAACAAGAACAGAGAGGCCCAUGUGAAGAUAGAGGUCAAGGAGCCACCAGCUUGGCCAGACUACGACGUGUGGAUUCUUCUCACGGUGGUCAGCACUGUGGUUGUCAUCAUUUUGAUUUUUGUCGUCCGCACAAAGUGCCAACUGAACAGGACUCAGGACUCCCUGCAGCAGCAGACCAUGCAGGCCAUCAGGCAGCUGGCCACGCGCAGGUACCAGGCAAGGUGCCGACAGGCGUCGCGGUGGGACUCGGCCAGCAGCUGCAGCUCAGCCCCGGUCUGCGCGAUUUGCCUGGAGGAGUUCAGCGAGGGCCAGGAACUGCGGAUCAUCUCAUGCUCCCAUGAGUUUCACCGGGAAUGUGUUGACCCCUGGCUGCAGCAACACCACACAUGUCCACUUUGCAUGUUCAAUAUUCUUGCCAGAGAGUCAGUGGACCAGGCCACAGCUGCUGGCUCCAGGCUGGCCCCACGGGACAUGGAGCCUGGACGGCGACUCCACCUUUUCCGCCAGCACCCAGGACAUGCCCUUUACCACCUCCCACACGCGUAUCCUCAGAGGAACCUCAGGAGCUUUCCCCCGGAGCCAGCCCAUGGCAACCCCUUCUUCCACUCUCACGAGCUCUCCCAGGUGGAUUUUGACACCAUCCACUACAUGCCCUACAGGCAAGCCACCUCCCUGCUUGCCUGUGGCCACUCGUCCCCCCUGGCCCCGGGCUUGCUGGGUCAGCAGCAUCCCAACCCCUCGGCGUGCGGGCAGCCACAGCCGCCCCACAGGACUUGUUCUCUGCAGCCCCAGCCCCCCUGCCUGGGGCUGAAGGCAGCCCUGGUGCAGAAGCAGCACCGUGCACCUGCCCUGCGCCGGGGGGGUGGCCAUGGGCACCAGCACAACAGCAGCGGCUCCGGGGAGAGCUAUCUCACGGAGCACAGCGGGUACCUGGCAGACGGGCCAGGCAGCGACUCCAGCUCGGGGCCCUGCCAUGGUUCCUCCAGUGACUCCAUGUUGAACUGCACGGACGUCAGUCUGCAGGGCAUCCAUGGCAGCUGCUCCACUUUCCGCAGCUCCCUCAGCAGCGACUACGACCCCUUCGUGUACUGCAGCUCGGAGGGACCCACAACCGACAAUGGCCAGGAGCAGCCGCGGCCACCGAGGGAGACGCGACCCAGGUCCUUGGACCUGAUGGUGCCUGGGGGUGCUGCUCCAGCCAAGGCCCAGGUGCUCAGCCACGUCCACUACCACCACCACCAGCACCAUCACUACAGAAGAGACACGGAGUGUCCACCUGGACGGGCUGGGCAGCGCAAAUCCCGGUACUCUGGGGCCAAGGUUGGCUUCCACAGUGCUCGGACACAAAAGAGGACUGAGAAAAGCCAUAACUGCCAGCAGCCUCUGGAAAGCAGUGCCGUGCUACAGGAGACAGCUCCGGCAGGACAGCCAGCCUGUCCUCAGCAAAGCUGGGAGCCCCCUCAUGCCCCCUCCGCUUCUCCAAACAGGUUGGAAGAUGCCAACAGACAAUCAGGAGCAGCUGACACAUCCCCUGUCCUGCUGCCCGCAAGACACAGCUUACAGAGCCGUCAUCACCGAAGGAAAAGAAAGUGUCCCCUGGAGCCCGACCCCGCUCUCCUGCCCGAGGACUCAGCCUUCGCCAAAGACUGCGAUGCCCACGUGCCUCACGGCCAUCCCGCUGGCUACCGCUGCUCACCCGAAGUCCAGCCCCUGAUCCCCAGCGCUCGCCUGCCCUGCGGCUCGGGCUCUCAGACACUCUGGAAGUGUUUAGUGUCACAGUCCGGCUCAGAGCUGAAAAAGCAGGAGGAGGGGUUGUCAGGACGGGAGGGAAACUGCACGGCUCCUGCUGAUUUCUCAGGGACAGGCACCCCCAGACACAGUCUGAGUCUUCACCUUCGCUGCCCGUCUCAGCGGGGCAGUCAGGGAUCUGAAGAGGAGGUCCAGGAUGCCCACGAACACUCAGUUUAAUUAAAACACUGGCCUGUUUGCUUACUGGA